UCAAACUGUCCCAGAGCCGGAGCCGGAGUCUAGGGCUGAAGGAGUCAGCGAGAGAGGCGAGGCCUGAGAGGUGAUGCGGCCGCAGGCGGAGGGAGCGGCGGCCGGAGGUGCGGGGCUUUAGUUUUGGGGAGUGAAUAAAACUACUUUUGGAAGACAAGAUGACUACAGCUGCAGAAAGAAAGUAUAUUAAUAUUAGAAAAAGAUUGGAUCAGUUGGGAUACCGCCAGACUCUGACAGUGGAGUGUUUACCUUUGGUAGAAAAACUUUUCAGUGACCUAGUUCAUACAACAGAAAGUCUUCGGAAAUCAAAAUUAACUGCUGUGAAAGCUGAAAAGGAAAGUGCCAAUUUUGAUUUUGUUUUGGAACCUUAUAAACUUGAAAAUGCAAGAUUGAUAAAGGAAAAUAAUGAAUUAUACCUGGAAUUAAUGAAACUGAGAGAACAAUCAAGCCAACAUAUUAAAGAGUUGAAAACUACAUUGAAGAAGUGUGCACGUGAAACAGCUGAUCUGAAGUUUCUAAAUAACCAAUAUGUUCAUAAACUCAAACUUUUGGAAAAAGAGAGUAAAGCUAAGAAUGAAAGAAUUCAACAACUUCAAGAAAAGAAUUUGCAUGCUGUAGUACAAACUCCAGGUGGCAAGAAAAGAAGUAUUGCUUUCAGGCGCCAGCGUAUGCAGAUAGACGAACCAGUCCCUCCCUCCGAAGUCAGUUCAUAUCCAGUUCCUCAGCCAGAUGACCCUUACAUUGCAGACCUCCUGCAAGUGGCUGAUAACAGAAUUCAAGAACUUCAAGAGGAAGUCCACCAGUUACAAGAAAAGUUAGCAAUGAUGGAAAGUGAACUGCGAGAUUAUAACCAGCAGAUUGAGCUAAGAGAACGAGAGAUAGAACGACUAUCAGUUGCAUUGGACAGUGGCCGUUCCCCUGAUGUCCUCUCUCUGGAGACUAGAAACAAAACCAAUGAAAAGCUUAUUGCUCAUUUAAAUGUUCAGGUUGACUUUCUUCAGCAAGCUAAUAAAGACCUGGAGAAGCAUAUACAGGAGCUUAUGGAAACCAAGGAAACCGUAACUACUGAAGUUGUUAAUUUAAGUAACAAAAAUGAAAAACUCUGCCAAGAAUUAACCGAAAUAGACCAGUUAGCACAGCAGUUGGAAAGACAUAAAGAAGAAGUGCUUGAGACUGCUGAUAAAGAACUUGGGGAAGCAAAGAAAGAGAUUAAAAGAAAGCUUUCUGAAAUGCGGGAUCUUGAAGAAACAAUGGCAAAACUUCAACUGGAAUUAAACUUAUGCCAUAAAGAAAAGGAGAGACUGAGUGAUGAACUCCUUAUAAAAUCAGACCUGGAAACUGUUGUACAUCAGCUUGAACAAGAAAAGCAAAGACUUAACAAAAAAAUGGAAAGUUUUGCAGUUACAGAAAGAGAACUUACUCUGGAAGUUGAAAGGAUGAGGCUAGAACACGGAAUAAAACGUCGAGACAAGUCACCCUCUCGUUUAGAUACGUUUCUGAAAGGUAUAGAAGAAGAACGAGAUUUUUAUAAGAAAGAGCUGGAAAGACUCCAACAUAUAAUACAGCGAAGAUCUUGUUCUACAAAUUAUUCUACACGUGAAAAAAUUCCAAUAUUUAAGACACUAGAAAAGGGUGAUUACAACUCAGAAGUUCAUCUGAUCACAAGAGAAAGAGAUGAACUUCAGCGGAUGCUGGAAAGAUUUGAAAGACAUAUGGAGGAUAUACAGUCCAAUGUUAAAUUGUUGACAGCAGAAAGAGAUAAACUAAGUGUCUUAUAUAAUGAAGCUCAGGAACAGUUACGUGCCCUAAGACAAGAAUCCACCCAAACCACAGCCUCCCAUAAUAUUAUUAGUCUCAUGGAAAAAGAAAAAGAACUUGCAUUAUCUGACUUAAGAAGGAUUAUGGCAGAAAAAGAAGCUUUAAAAGAAAAGUUAAAAAAUCUCCAGGAAAUGAGUAUUUUUGAAAAAUCAAAAUUAGAGAAAACUAUCGAACAUUUGACACGUGUUAAUCAUCAGCAUGAAGAUGAAAAGUGUGAAUUAAAGUCUAAAAUGUUAUUAAUGAAAGAAACAGUAGAGUCAUUAGAGAACAAAGCAAAACUCCAAGCUCAAAAACUUAGCCAUGUGGCUGGUGACUCAUCUCAUCACAAAACAGAGAUGAACUCACUUAGGUUAGUAAAUGAGCAGCUACAGCAGUCACUUGAUGAUUGUCAGCAUCGGCUUUCCAAAAAAAGAGGUGAACUUGAAUCAGCCCAAUCACAAAUUAACUUACUGGAGGAAAAAAUAGGUAAACUACACCUUCAGAUGACUUCACAGAGUGAAGAGGCUCAUGUAAUGAAAAAGACCAUUGGUGCUAUUGAUAAAGAAAAAGACUUUCUUCAGGAGACUGUAGAUGAGAAGACCGAAAAGAUUGCAAACUUGCAAGAAAACCUGGCUAAUAAAGAAAAAGCUAUUGCUCAGAUGAAGAUAACAGUCUCAGAGUAUGACUCUUCUAUGAACCAGCUAAAGGAAACGUUGACUAGUCGGGACCGAGAAAUAAGCAGCCUCCGGCGCCAGCUUGAUACAGCUCACAAAGAACUUGAUGAAGUAGGAAGAUCUAAAGAAGUGUCUUUUAAGGAAAACAGAAGAUUACAAGAUGAUUUGGCUACAAUGGCAAGAGAAAACCAGGAAAUCUCAUUGGAAUUGGAAGCAGCAGUGCAAGAAAAAGAAGAAAUGAAGAGUAGAGUUCAUAAUUACAUAACUGAGGUGUCACGAUGGGAGAGCUUAAUGGCUGCUAAGGAAAAAGAAAAUCAAGAUUUGUUAGAUAGAUUUCAGAUGCUUCAUAACCGUGCUGAAGACUGGGAGGUCAAAGCCCAUCAAGCUGAGGGAGAAAGCAGCUCAGUUCGACUGGAACUUCUUUCUAUUGACACAGAGAGGAGACACCUUCGAGAAAGGGUAGAGCUACUAGAAAAAGAAAUUCAGGAGCACAUAAAUGCACAUCAUGCUUAUGAGUCUCAGAUCUCAUCAAUGGCAAAAGCCAUGUCUAGAUUAGAAGAAGAGCUGAGACACCAAGAAGAUGCAAAAGCAGCAGCGUUGAAUGAUUUGUCGUCUCUUAGAGAACUUUGCAUUAAGCUGGAUUCAGGCAAAGAUCUUAUGACCCAACAACUGAAUUCCAAAAACCUGGAGUUUGAGAGGGUUGUGGUGGAAUUAGAAAAUGUAAAAUCAGAAGCAGACCUGUUCAAAAAACAACUGGCAAGUGAGAGACAUACAAUUAAAAGCCUUGAAUCAUUGUUGGCUACAAAUAGAGAUAAAGAAUUUCAUUCUCAUUUAACCUCCCACGAGAAGGAUACAGAAAUUCAGCUACUUAAAGAGAAGUUAACCCUUUCAGAAAGCAAAUUAACUAGUCUAGGCCGGGAAAACACCAUGCUUCGGGCUAAAGUGACACAGUUACAAACCGAUCAUGAUUCUAUGAAAAGGCAGAUUUCAACUGAAAGAUAUGAACGAGAAAGAGCAAUCCAAGAGAUGCGUCGACAUGGUCUUCCCACACCACCCCUUAGUUCAACUCUGAGGUCUCCUUUACAUUCUCCUGAACAUAUAAGCUGUUAAUUAUCAUAAAGAAUGGUGGCUUUCAAUGAGUUACCUCUGUGGAUUUUUUAAAGGACAGAACAGUAAUGAAAUAUUUGAAGUACUUGUUCUUGAAAAUCAUGAACAUUGACACAAAUUCUACCUCUGUCAACUUUUAUUUAAAUCAGUGAAUAUUUAUAUAAAAAUUUUGGUUUAAAAGAGCCAUAUCUAUGUGUAUAUUUUUAUAUAUAUGACAGAACAAAAUAUGUAUUAAUAGUGCUAACUAAUGUUAUAUCUAUACUUAUAUUAUUCCUCACUUAAAUUGCUCCACAAAGUGUGUGUUUAUAUUGUGAAUUAAUAUAAUGUAUUGUUCACAUUAUGCUUUAAUAAUCUUUUUCAUAAUGAGCCAUGAUAUGUGUAUAUAAAUAUUCUUACAAUACUUAUUUUCAAAGUGUUUUCAGUUUUCAUGCCUGUGUUUAUAACCCAUAUCUUUAAUACAUUCAUAUAGGAUUAUCAAUUUUGAUGCUGUGCUGUCACGCUUUUUCUUCUAAAUGUAAAAUUAAUUGUUCACCAAUUUGCUAUCUAUCAUCAAGGGUAAUAUAUUCAGGUCUAUUUUCACAAUAGCAGAGGUCUUGAUAAAAUAAUAAUUACCGUAUAUCAUUUGUUAUUGUCAACUUGAAGAACUGUGAUGGGAAAGAUACAUUUAUAUAUUAUAUGCAAUAUUUUAUUAUUUUGGUUAUCACAUGGACUCUUCACUUAAUACAAAUUCUAUCAAAAUCAAACUAAAAGCCACAUUCAGAAUUUUGUAAAACCGUAGAACAGAAAUUUGGGACACUUUUUCAGUAAAUAAAAUUCCUCCCUGUAUUAAGAAAAAAAUUCAGACCAUAAAAGUAUAUGGGGUAAAUACAGUAAAAGAUUUUGUUAAAAUGCCAGUAUACAUUCAAUAAUAGCAGUUUUUGCUUCUAAACUUGUAUGUUGUAAUUUAUUAGUCUUACAGAAUAGUAUGUAAACACUGAACUGUGGCAUGUAAAUAGAAAACAACUUUUUACAAUUAAUUUUCAAGGUUGUAGUUUUAAGGAAUUUAGAUAUAUCUAAAUAUGUAUAUAUAUACACACAUUAAUAAAAGAACAGAAGUACAAAAUAGAAUGUCAGAUUCAAAAACUAAUCGUGUUUGAACCAUACACAUUUGGAGAAAAUCCUUUUCUUGGUAGGUUUCAUUAUGAUUGAAAAAGAAGAACUUAAGAACGAACAUAAGAAAGUGGAAGACCAGUUGGUUAUGAUACAGUUUGUUUCCUAUUGUGGUUUUAAUACAAUGGAAUUUGUGUAUGUGUGUUUGUAUGUACCUGGGGGUGGCAUUGCUCUUUUCUAAAACUAAUAUGUCUUAUAUGUCUGGGAUAUGGUAUACGCCAUUUGCAAUAAUUCACUGUGUAUUUGGGUGUGAUGUGGUUUAUUUUUCUACCAUAUUUGUAAUUUUAUGUAUUCCAUCUCCUUUGUGUGAAUUCAUAUAGCAAAAUACAAGAGAAAUGGGACUAAUUUGCAAUGUCAUAUGGAAAAUCUUUUAAUAAAUAUAUGUAAAUAAAAUAAAAAAUAUUCCCACCUUUUCCCCCAAA